UAUCAUGUUUUAUAGAUACUUACCAUGUUAAUAUCAUGUUUUAUUGAUAUUUACCAUGUUAAUAUCAUGUUUUAUAGAUACUCACCAUGUUAAUAUCAUGUUUUAUAGAUACUUAUGUUAAUAUCACGUUUUAUAGAUAUUUACCAUGUUGAUAUCAUGUUUUAUUGAUACUUAUGUUAAUAUCGUGGUAUCUUUUGAAGCUUUGGAGUGCCAUGUAAAUACUAUUGUAUAUGAAUAUAGUAAUCACUCAGUUCCAUUGAAAAACUUUAUGUAUUUGCAAGGGACGUCUCUUUAAUAAUUUUCUCAAACAGGUACACUGAAAAAAGGAGCGAUUUCUUCCUGGAGUGACCCUUAAAAUGAGUUUUAUUGGUAAGAAGUGUUCAGAUCUGGGCGAGUAUGAUCCUCUGACGCAGGCGGACAGUGAAGAUGAAACCGAAGAUGAUGAUCUGGUUCUCAAUUAUCCUCAUAAUGGUCUGAGUCCGGCGGUCCCGGAGCUGAGGGGACGUGUGAGGGAUGAGGAGGAGUUUGAUGAAGCUGACGACGAGUUGAGAGUUCAGAGAGAGGGGGCGGGGCAUGAGACAGGGGGGGCAGGGUUAGGGCGUGGUCAGGCCGGAGACUCUGAGGAGAAGGUGAUGCGUGUGCGAGGGGUGGUGCGGAAUGCUGUGUUUCUCCUGCCGUUGACCUGUGCUGCCGUGUUGGUGCUGCUGUGUGCGUUUCUCAUUCCCUGCCCACAGGGGAUGUUACACAACUCACUGCAGUGGGAGGCAGAGCUCGGAGACGUGGGCGGUGUGACAUCACCUCCUGUUGCAUUGUGGGAUGUUGACGGAGAUGGACUGGACGACGUUUUGAUUGGUGUUAUGAACAUCGCCAACAACAGUCAGCCAAUGAGCUCUCAGAGUAAAGAGUACAGUGUGUUGGCAGUGAGUGGCAUCAGUGGGCAUGUGUUGUGGAGGCGGAUGCUCAGAGAGCCACUCAUCUCACUGCAGUGUGGACUACAGACAGGAAGUGCUGAUCCUCACAACAGGAAACAGUCACUGGAGACGUCUGCUUGUAUUCUGAUCAGCUCCAGUCACAUCAUCAGCAUCAACGCCUCCACAGGCAGGACGUCCUGGACUGCAGCUGUCAGUGACGUGAAGUCUCACGCUGUUCUGCUGCCGGAUCUGCAGGGAGAUGCAUUUCCAGAACUACUGAUCGCAACACUACCAGCUGACCAGGUGUCUGAUCUUGCACUCAUCUUGAUCUCAGGGAGGUCAGGAGCACUGAUUGGCCAGCCGGUGAACUUUAACCUCACUGCACAGGGGAAGCUGAUUGGUCCGCUGCUGCAUGAGACGGCGACAGGAGCUUACUACAUCCUGUUUGGACUCGGCACUGUAGAGGGUGUGUCUCUCAGUUAUAUUUACAGUCAGGCCACUGGCAGGACAGCCGCGUCUAGAGUCCGACUGAAGGACCCCGACUGGGAACGACUUAGAAAGAUCAAUACAUCACUCAUACACAUCAGCAGUGGCUCUGAGCAGGUGGAGUUCUUGUUCCCUCUGGUGGCUGGUUUGUGUCAUAAUCACAAUAAUCUAGACAGCAUGUCGGUUCUGAACACGAGUCACAGUGAUUGGAUCCUGGUUUGUGGAGUGAACAACACACUGUCUGUUCUGAAACAGAGUGACACACAUGCUGCAUGGACUCUCAGUCUCACCUCUAUGCACAGUCGUCCAGUGUCGGGUCACUUUAAUGAUGACGGUGUUCCUGAUCUGCUCAUUCAUCAGUCAGCCAAUGGCAUCAGGAAGGUACAGAUCAUUGAUGGAGCGCUGGGGCGGAGCUUAUGGGAAGCGGAGUUUGUUUGUCCUCGUCUGGCGGUGGAAGACUCGUCCGUUCUAACCACGUCCGGCCAAUCGGUGUUCCUGUUCUGGGCAGGAGAUCCCCUCACACAAUUGCAGAACGUUACCAAGGUGGCUGCAGCCGAACCGGUUCUGCGCAAACUCUUCCUGCUGCAUCCGUACUAUCCCAUAAUACUCUUGCAGCUGAGCAGCACCACAGACACCAUUCUCACGGCAACAGUGAGUUAUCAGCCCCUGCAGAAAGACGCGUCGUACAUCAGCGUGUCGUCUCGGCCCACGUCCGGUCUGGGACUCGGAGAUCAACUGCUCAAGAGUUUCAGUAUGAAAGCAGCGAUUGCGGUCAGUCAGAUCGUCCCACUGGGAGACGCGAGCAGAGACGCCGGCACUUUCCACAUCAACAAGUUUUUCAGACGCAUGACCUUCAAACAGUGAGUUUAUCCUGCACAUGAAUAUGAUUCUCUCCGUGUGCUGACACGUCCUCAUUCCCUCCGCUGGAAUUCUCCUGGAUUUUCUGUUCCUGAAAGUUGCAUGUGUGAAUUCUUUUAUUUGUUUCUGUUCAUCUUCUGGUUCAUCUUUACACAAAUAGGCCAGUAAGACUUGAAUAUAAUCUUAAUGAUUAAAUAUGUGUAUAUACUUGAUCUAUUUAAACAUAAAACUUGAUCUUAGAAGUCUGAGAAAAAGGAAAACAACAUUAAAGUUGCAUCAUACUGUUACAGUUCACUAAACAUGUUUAUAAUUCCUGGUUUUGUGUUUUUCAGCUUUUGUUGUAGAUAUUUUUCACACUGUACAGUAUUUAUAGAAGUGAAUGGACACAUUGUGUGUUUAAUGUCAAUGACUGAAGUACUGAUGUAAAUACUGAAGAAAUAAUGAUGUAACUAAACAUUUCAUUCCACUUUGAAAUAUGUCUAAUAUUUGUGUGCUAAAGAGAUGAAAAUAAUAAAUGAAAUCUCUGUUAUA